AUGAUGCAACUUGAAGCAGUAAAAUUGUUGGAUGAAGAGCCUCUGUGUAAUACACAGAUCACUCUUCAUGAUUUCAUUCGUAUCGGAUCAGAGAGUUACGAUGCUGUUAUCAUGAAUGCGUUCAAAAACAAGAUGCGAAAAUUCAAAACAAAGAUUUCCUUCUCAAUGAAUUUUGAUCCCGUUGCUGUUAUUGAGGUGCCAAAUGUUUUUGAAACACGAAUAUCUCAUGCUUGUAAUUGUAUUGUAGCUCUCAAUGUAACUGAAUUUAUAUGCUUUGAUUUGAAUUCUCAUCGAAAAGUUCACUCUUUUCCAGCUGCUUUUGCAUUUUAUUUUGAUAUUGAAGAAAAUUAUGAUGGCAAAGGAAGUGAUGCAUUAAUCUACGGUGGUGAUCGAGGUGUUUUUAAAUAUGAUUUAAACAAAAUAAUGAACGGAGAAGAUUUAAAUAAUAUUUGGAAUCAACCUGAAAUUCAUUCGAUGGGAAUGGUCUGCUCUCCGCAUAAUGAUGUCCUCUCAAAAAAUGUUUUAUAUGUAUGCUCGUAUGAUACUUGUAUCAGUGCUUUAAAAUCAUUGACUGGAGAAGUUCUCUAUCGAAUCCAACAUUUUGAAAAUACGACAGGAUAUUAUUUUGAACAUACUCCCGUAUGUUUUUCUGACAUUGAUGUGAACGAUACAGAUACUGAACUGUUUGUUUCUGCUACCAAGUCGAAACGUAUUUACAACUUUCAUCGAAUCGCUCACAACAAUCACCAAGACGAUUGGCAACUCAUACGUGAAUUUGGAGGAGAGUAUUUAACGCAUCCAGAUGGAAUGGUAUUUGACUCGGUGUCAAGACAUGUUUUGGUAUGUGAACAACAACAACAAGCUAAGGGUUGUAUUCUUGUUGUUUUUACUGAAAAAGGAGAAUUUGUGAAAAGAGUGGAUGUGAAAGGAAAAGACGUUAAAAGGCAUGCAUCACCCACUGGAUUGUGUCUGGAUGAGAGGACUGGUUUGCUCUAUGUUGUGGAUUGCGCCAACUUUCUCAUUCAAAUAUUUAAAUAG